UCUAUCAUCUCCAGGGUUUGACUCCCCCUUCUGCCGUGUGCUGCUGCUGGUUCUCAGGGACACAUUGAGAAACUGAUGCUACACCGCUCGCUUUUAAUCGUGACGCUGGAUAUUAAUUGUUACCGGCGUGCAGCUGUGCGCUUUCUCAGGCAAACCCCCGUCAUGCACGCACACUGACUGACCGCGCUCGCGCUCUCCGUUUCAUUCCGUGUAUCAGAAGCGUCAACAUUAUUGACCAUGGAAAGCUGAGCCUCGUUCAUUCAUAGACCGAAAACAGUCAAUCAAAGGUCAGCCAGAAAAACAAAGGGAUUUUAUUCACGCCACAUUUCGUGUGGUUCUCGACGAGGCCUCGGCCAUGGGUGGAGCCAAGAGUAAACCCAAAGAGCUGGGCCAGCGCUCGCGGAGCCUGGACGACGGCACCGGAGGACACCACCACCAUACCCCCAACCCCACCUCCUUCACCCCCAACCGCAGUCCACCGGUGGAGGGGUCCCGGCGUGGCACACAGCCCAACAUCAUCAACGCGGAGCAGGCGCUGUUUGGGGGAGUGAAUUCCACCACCAACAGCAUCACGUCUCCUAAUCGAAUCGGCAUAUUAGGCGGCGUGACCACAUUUGUGGCUCUGUAUGACUACGAGUCACGAACCGCCUCCGAUCUGUCAUUCAGGAAAGGAGAACGACUCCAGAUUGUCAAUAACACGGAGGGCGACUGGUGGCUAGCACGAUCACUGACGACAGGAGAGAGCGGAUACAUUCCCAGCAAUUACGUGGCACCGUCUGACUCCAUCCAGGCUGAAGAAUGGUACUUUGGGAAAAUCACACGCAGAGACUCCGAGCGACUGCUCUUGAAUCUGGAGAACAGAAGAGGAACUUUCCUGGUCAGAGAGAGCGAGACCACCAAAGGUGCCUACUGUCUCUCCGUCCUGGAUUACGACAACGUGAAGGGCCUGAAUGUGAAACAUUAUAAGAUCCGCAAGCUGGACAGCGGUGGAUUUUACAUAACGUCCCGCACACAGUUCAGCACGUUACAGCAGCUGGUCAACCACUACCGCCAGCAUGCAGACGGCCUGUGCCACUCUCUCACUGACGUGUGUCCAGUGCUGAAGCCUCCAACUCAGGGUCUGGCGCGUGACGCCUGGGAGAUUCCUCGAGACUCUCUGAGACUGGAUGUCAAGCUGGGCCAGGGCUGCUUCGGGGAGGUCUGGAUGGGCACUUGGAACGGGACAACGCGUGUGGCCAUCAAGACUCUGAAGCCUGGCACCAUGUCUCCCGAAGCGUUCCUCCAGGAAGCGCAGGUCAUGAAGAAGCUCCGGCAUGAGAAGCUGGUGCAACUGUACGCCGUUGUCUCCGAGGAGCCCAUUUACAUCGUCACCGAGUACAUGGGACAAGGAAGCCUACUGGAUUUCCUGAAAGGUGACAUGGGGAAAAUGCUGCGUUUGCCUCAGCUCGUGGACAUGGCCUCUCAGAUCGCCUCAGGAAUGGCGUACGUGGAGAGAAUGAACUACGUGCACAGGGACCUCAGGGCUGCCAACAUCCUGGUGGGCGAUAACCUGGUGUGUAAAGUGGCUGAUUUCGGCCUCGCUCGACUCAUCGAGGACAACGAAUACACCGCCAGACAAGGAGCGAAGUUUCCUAUUAAGUGGACUGCACCGGAGGCAGCUCUGUACGGACGCUUCACCAUCAAAUCUGACGUGUGGUCGUUUGGGAUUUUACUGACGGAGCUCACCACCAAAGGCAGGGUGCCUUAUCCAGGUAUGGUGAACCGCGAGGUGCUUGACCAGGUGGAGCGCGGCUACAGGAUGCCCUGCCCGGCCGAGUGCCCCGACUCCCUGCAUGAGCUCAUGCUGACCUGCUGGCGCAAAGAGCCCGAAGAACGACCCACAUUUGAGUAUCUGCAGGGUUUCCUGGAGGACUACUUCACCUCCACCGAACCACAAUACCAGCCUGGAGAAAACCUCUAGGCCAAAGAGGAAAUAAACGUGCUUUAACCCAAACAACACCAAUCCAUAUGGGGGG